AUGAAUACCACCAAAUUCAUGAGCAUCGAUACAAAUGAUGUGGUUCCUCAACAACUUGGCUUGCCAGCUUCUUAUGAAGCGCAAAAGGUGGUUAUGAUUCCUGGCAUAUUGCAAAUAUCAAAGUUUCCUCUCCUCUGGAGUGUAUCUCCAAGGAGGUCAUCCGAGACCGCAUUCCUUUAUUUCGAUGACCAAGUUGUGGAAAAUAUCCUAAUUACCCAAACGGCGAAUAAUGCCAAAGAAACCCUCAGCCGUAUUUAUCCCGCAUGCACAGGAAGAUGUAGUUCACUCCACCACCCCAAACUACUUAUCCCCGUAAUCAACAACCCAAAAAUAAAAGCCCUCCAUCCUCCUCGUCUUGCAGGGGCCAUGCUAAUCUUCUCUGUAUCGAUGCAAAUUGACCAGAUGCCCGAAGGCGAAAGAGAAGCUCUACUAAACUGUUUAUAUACCCUAGGUGAGGGGAAUUGGAAAGGUGAGGCGGUGAUGAAGGACGGGCGUGAAUACCUAAGUCAUUAUUCUUUCGGGCGAAUGAUGACAUUUUCGUCAUUUAGGCUUUCGAUACUGAGUCACUUUCUGCCAUAUGAAGACGCUUGUAGUUCAAGCCUCCUUCCUUGUUCCCUAAACAAUUCUUUCACCCUCCCCAUAACUCUCUAUUUCUGCAUUCAUGUGACAAGGCGCGAGCACCUCGGCAGCGUAGCGGUUCCGUGGGCAAAUACCCUACAUCAGUUCUUAUUCACAUUCGAGUUUACAGACCACAGUGGCAGAGCCACCGGCCUGAUAUCUUCAAAGAAAGCCACCAAAAACCCUAUUCAUGUUUCCGGCCAUAUAAUUUCCCAGAAUGCAACACUAAAAGGCGUCAGAAGACAUUUUGACAUCCUAAAUGGAACUCGCUGGAGGUAUCUUACCCCUUUACGUCACCCACAACAGGACCCUCAAGAUAAGGAUCCUGCCCACCUACUUCCUUCUGGAUACAAGGGCUCAGUGCUUCGGACUACCGCCCCAGCCCAGAAGCUCGAUCACUUAAAGAGACGAGUCGAUGACAAAGAUAACAUGGGCAUACCUACAGUCAGUAUGGGUGUUUCGCUCCCGCAUUCUGGAGAGUGGUAA